AGCAAGUGGAGCGUAGCGCUGCGCUUUGAUGUGGUGCUCUUGCGCACCCAAUGUUCACAGACUAUAGUGGGCGUGGUGUUGGAAAUGGAGAUGGCGUCACCGGCAACGUGUUAUGUGUGUACAUAGUAGCAAGAUUACAACGAGCCUGUGACAGAAGAGACACACGAGUCAUAUCAUACAAGUCUGACACUUACAGCAGGACCAGGAAUCGCUGCGAAUUCAAACCCUGAAGAAGAGACACCAAAUAUUUUGGACCAAGAGGAGCUGACAAGGUGCUACAAAGAAAAAGGGAUUCUGACAUGCACUGGCAGAAAUCACCGAAGGAGAAGCCGUGUUACACUCUUCCCACAGUGAAGAAACUCCUGGAGCAGAAGAGGAAGAGGGAGACCUCCUCGACGGCAACAACCAGUACCGGUGUCCCCACUGCCACUGUCCUCUCCCAACAGGUGUCAACACCAGAGAAGUCUACCUCAACAGGUGUAGCCAGCAGCUACUCAGACAUGGCAGUGGGGUAUGAGAGAUGGGGUCCUAUGGAUGAGCACCAAGCCCUCUUGGCCAUACAGGAAGGUCCAUUCUCCCCUAUGGGGAACAAUUACUUCUCCAGCCCAUCCUCCUCAAUGGACUACAGCCAUACUCUUGCCUACAGCCCUCAGAUGGUCUCCAGCUACAACACACAGCAGAUGCAGGACUACCCAGACACCAGGAUGCCCCAGUGUUAUACGGAGUGUCCAGUGACCGAGGCUGUGUCUAGUUUGGUUCCUUCUGGGCCCCUGCAGACCGCUGUCUUCUCCUGGUCGUCGGGGGCCCUGGGCCCCACAGAACCUGUCCAGCAGGUGUUUAGUGGCCAGAUGGAUGUCACUAAGCUGGAGGAAGCCAGGAUGUUCCUCAGAGGGAUGGACUACAGCAGAAUCACCUGGCAGGAUGACGACGGAGACACGAUUCUGCAUAUCUAUACAGCCAAGGGCCUGAGGGAGUAUGCAUUCGCUGCAGCAGAGAGGCUUGCUGAUCUGGGCAGGCUAGACUCCAAGGAACACAAGGGGAAGACUGCUUUGCUGGUGGCGGUGACUGCUAACCAUCCGGAAAUCGUCCAGGAUCUGUUGUCUUUAGGGGCGGAUAUAAAUGCCUGUGAUGUCAAAGGUCAAACAGCACUUCAUCUUGCUGCCACCUAUGGCUUCCCCAGGGUUAUGCAGGUUAUUCUCUCCAUUGGGCCUGGAGUGAACCUGGAGGCUCGCAAUUUUGAAGGUCUGACUCCUCUGCACUGUGCAGCCAUCUCCCACAGUGGCACCCUGAAGACUCUCUCCUCCCUCUCCUCCACAGGGCUGGGUGAUGCCAGCCUCCAUGCCCUGACAGAGGAGAAGCUCUCCUGGCUGCAAAUGCUACUUAACACCGGAGCCUCCCUGACCAGCCAGGAAAUCAAGAGUAACAAGACUGUUCUUCACCUGGCUGUGAAGGAGGGGAACAUCCAGCUGGUUCGCCAUCUGCUGAAAACCCCCCUGGACAACAUGAGGGACUUUGUCAACAUGAAGGCCCACGGUCAUACCGCACUGCACAUGGCUGCUGGUCUCCAUGGCAGCCCACACCAGGAGGAGAUGCUGAGGCUGCUGCUGAGCAGAGGGGCCGACCCCAGCAUCCGCAACCUGGAGAACGACCAGCCUGCACACCUGCUGCAGAGUGGACCCCACGGGGAACAGCUCAAGCUCAUCCUGAAGAAGCGAAGUGCUUCCUCUCGUCGACGUGUAAUGUCCUUACAGGACCAAGAGUGACCCGGACUACUUUUUAUGUCCCUGUGUAUCCCUCCACCUCUUUUCAGAGGAAGUACUGAAGGUCUGUACUGUAGGUUGAAUCCAGACAUCUGUACUUCCAACAGGCAGGGAUUCUAGCGUAUCUUCAUGUGAGGAUUUUCAAACACUGUGAAUCUCUAAUAUAUACUAGAGCAUUCACUUUGAAACUAUAUGUUUGAUUGACAUGAUUUUGGUCCCUAUCUGAAUUCAGUUAGCAAUGACGUUUAUGUAUUUUUAUAUCUUAAUGGGCAGCUAUUGUUUUUGUUUAAUGGAUAUCUAGCAAUGAGCAGUGGUAACAGGUGGUAUUCCAGUCCCCCCUGACAUUACUGUCACUCAGUACAACCUUGAUUUCUAUGAUAAUCGUUUACAUUAUAUUCAAAGCUUACGAGACUCAUUGUAUGAGUAUCCCCCCAGCCGGGAAGCCCUCCUUAGCGGUAUAUCUGGGGAGGGGUUCUGGGCUCCCACCCCCACUCAUUCUCUUGUCAAAACUUUGCACCAUGGUCAGAAAUCAUAUUGGUUUGUUGAAAGGUGGUUGUUGUUUCACUAAGCAUGUGACACAGUGUACCAUUGUGCUCAUGCUUUCAAUGUUGCUUAUAACUUAUCUAGGUAUUUUCUUUUUAUAUUUGAUAUACUCACAGCACUCAUUGAAUAGCUAAUAUAUUGUCAUUGGUGGAAAAACUACUCAAGUAUGACUUUUGAGUAAAGGUAAAGAUACCUUAAUAGAAAAUGACUCAACUAAAAGUGAAAGUCACCCAGUAAAAUAUUACUUCAGUAAAAGUGUAAAAGUAUUUCGUUUUAAAUAUACUUAAGCACCAAAAGUAAAUGGAAUUGCUGAAAUGUACUUAAGUAUCAAAAGUAAAAGCAUUAAUCAUUUCAAAUCCUUAUAUUAUGCAAACCAGACAGCACAAUAUUUUUAAAUUUUUUAAAUUUACAGAUAGCCAGGGGCACACUACAACACUCAUUUGUGUUAAGUGAGUCUGCCAGAUCAGAGGCAGUAGGGAUGACCAGGGAUUUUCUUUUGAUAAGUGCGUGAACUGGACCAUUUCCCUGUCAAAAUGUAACAAGUACGUUUGGUUGUCAGAGAUAAUGUAUGGAGUAAAAAGUACAUUAUUUUCUUUAUGAAUGUAGUGAAGUAAAAGUAAAAGUUGUCAAAAAAUGAAUAGUAAAGUACAGAUACCCCCCAAAACAUAGUACUUUAAAGUAUUUUUUACUUUAAGUACUUUACACCAAUGUAUAUGGUCUCAUUCAUACUAUGACUUAUGAAAAUAACAUUUUACAUUUACUGUGUAAAGGGAAUAUGUUGAUAUUGACCACACAUGCUAUAUAAUAUUAUAUAACAUAUCAACAGUGUAUACAAUGUAGUAUCAGUAGUAUUCAUUUCUUAAAGGGCAUUAUAGGAGGAGUAUUUCAGUUAUGACUCGUUUCACCUUAAAGUAAUCAGGUAUUUUCAAACAUGACUCAUGAUUGAAAAUAGCACAACAUGUUUUGUGGUGACAAGAAAACAUGCAUCACUUACUCAUAUACCUUUAUGACUGUUUAAAAAAAUCUCCAAUGAGGUAGCAUGCAUGUGCCCUUUGAAAUAUUGCUGUAGUGAAUAUACCACUUCAUAAUUGUAAGUGGCAUAGAAAAUACAACAAAAUAAAACAUCUCAUUGGAGAUAUGACACAACAUUUCCCCAGACUUGACUGUGAUUUCCCCUAGUUUUGGAACCUGGGCAGUCUUAGUCAAGGAACAUACAGAGAUGUCUUUAUGUGUUCCUAGGUCUAAAUCAUAGGUGAGUUAACGUGAGGGAGAAUAACUCAUGUUAAAGUUGAAUCUGGUGAUUUUGGCUGCUUGGGUCUACUGACCGUUUGUAACAGUGUAAUACUCCUGUUACUUUUCACUGAAUGUAUCCUUCUGAUUAACUGAAUUGCCUAAACUUAACCCUGGAAUUAAAUCUGUUCUUCAAAUAUC